UAUUUGAUUUGAAAUUCGCCUUCAAGCCUGCAACAAAUUCCCUUAGCUUCUUAACUUUCUCCUUCUCAUGCACACAACUAUUUUUUCAUACUUUAAUACCUAAAAUCCACGUCUCCAUUUGAUGCCAUCAUGCCGAAUGUGGCAUCUGCAGCACUGAGACAGGCUUCACGCCUCGCUCUUAAGCAGUCUAUCGCCACCACCCCUCUACGAAGGCUUCCAUCCAUCUCAAGAGUUGCGGGCGUCACGGCCGCGCAAAUCGCGCGAAGAGGCUAUGUGUCAGAAACUAAGCGCGACAAUGCCCAAGUCAAUGUUGACACGGCCAUCAGAUUAGAUAAGAAGGAUUUUAUGAAUGAGAAGGGCGAGCUUGUCAUGCCUGGUUCUAACAAUCCCGCGAACGCUACGGUUAGCCCCAUGGCUGAAGUGCUAAAAGAGGCAACCGUUCUAGGGGAGGGCCAGCGACCUAUCUAUUUGGACAUGCAAGCUACGACACCUGUCGACCCCAGAGUUCUAGACGCCAUGUUGCCGUUCUUUGUCGGUGUCUAUGGUAAUCCCCACUCGCGAACGCACGCAUACGGCUGGGAAAGUGAAAAGGCUGUAGAAGAAGCGCGAGAACACGUUGCUAAGCUCAUCGGUGCGGAUGCUAAGGAAAUCAUUUUCACCAGUGGUGCUACUGAAAGCAACAACAUGUCCAUCAAGGGCGUCGCGAGAUUCUUCGGUCGAUCUGGCAAGAAGAAGCACAUCAUCACCAGCCAAACGGAGCACAAGUGUGUCCUUGACAGUUGUCGACAUCUUCAGGAUGACGGCUUCGAUGUCACAUAUCUACCAGUCCAAAGCAAUGGCUUGAUUGAUCUAAAGGAACUGGAAGCCGCAAUCCGACCAGAAACGGCACUUGUUAGUAUUAUGGCUGUGAACAAUGAGAUUGGUGUCAUUCAACCUCUUGAAGCUAUUGGCAAGAUAUGCCGGGCCAACAAGGUGUUCUUCCACACCGAUGGAGCCCAGGCUGUAGGCAAGAUUCCCCUGGAUGUCAACGCGAUGAACAUCGACUUAAUGUCCAUUUCGUCGCACAAGAUCUACGGUCCUAAGGGCAUCGGCGCUUGCUAUGUCCGCAGACGACCACGCGUGAGGUUAGAGCCCAUUAUCAGUGGUGGUGGCCAGGAGCGUGGUCUGCGCAGUGGAACUCUUGCUCCGCCUCUAGUAGUUGGAUUCGGCGAGGCCUGCCGUAUUGCCAAGGAAGAGCUGCAAUACGAUUCGAAGCGCAUCAAGGCACUGUCCGAUCGGUUAUUGAAGGGGUUAUUGGCAUUAGAGCACACGACUCAAAACGGUGCUCCUGAGAGUUUCUACCCUGGAUGUGUCAACGUUUCCUUCGCAUACGUUGAGGGUGAGUCGCUGCUCAUGGCUCUCAAAGAUAUCGCGCUAUCGUCGGGUAGUGCUUGCACAUCAGCCUCGUUAGAGCCAAGCUAUGUCUUGCGAGCACUGGGCAACAGUGAUGAGAGUGCACACAGCAGUAUCAGGUUCGGCAUCGGUCGAUUUACUACAGAGCAAGAAAUCGAUUACGUUCUCAAAGCCGUUCAGGAACGAGUCACAUUCCUUCGUGAAUUAAGUCCGUUAUGGGAGCUUGUGCAGGAAGGUAUCGACUUGAACACAAUCGAAUGGAGCCAGCACUGAUGUGCUGCGGACCCGUUGGUACACUGGCCCUUUUUCCUAAUCGCAUCUAAGGGAAAGAGGAGAUGCCACUUAAUUGAUAAACUUGUCAUAUUAAGCUAGAUGCCUGGUUUAACGCUCACUUCGAGCUGGGUACCGAGGACGACAGGGCGUCUCGUUUGUAUUUCUAGGAGUUAGGGUGGUCUAUCGUGUACUUCGCCGCUUACUUGCGAGCAUGCAUUCAGUUCGGGGUCGCAUAAGGGUAUGCGUUUAUUUAAGGGGGGUUACUGGAAAGUUGGACGGGCACGCAUGUUUCAUUGAUACCAGAUGAAAUGGAAUGCUAAGUACGAGUUCAUGAGUAAAUUAGUUUCCGGUUGAGAUGACCGUGAGAUAAAAAAUUCAAUACCACGAUGCCUAUGCGUUUUGAGACGUACGUUGUUAUUGUUCUUGUCACUGCCACUCUAUGUUAGGUACGAAGCUGCAGGCUCUAGUGGAAAGUUAGCUAAAUGGUUACUUGCAUUUGUUAACUUCGUUCCCCGAUGUAUCAUAACACGAUGGCUUUCGUGUUUGGUUACUGUUCACGGUUCCCUUCCUCGGAAGACGACAUGAGCACUACGUAUAAGUCAC